AUGUCGUACUUGGAGGCUGCAGGAUUUGGAUCUGCGGCAUUGGUCCUGAUGUUCGACCUGAUCGCAGGCAUAAUAUCCGCCUUGGAUGCCAUUUCUGGCAUUAGCAGAUGGGUAACAUCUCCAAGUAUUAGCGAUUGUAAGACACUAAUAGUGUACCACCAGAAGAUAGAGGCGUUUGUCGGUGACCAACUCAUGUGGAUGCCAUAUUCCGCACUAGACGUUGUGCCCCUCAUUCUACAGUGGGUUCAUGCCAAUGUAAAUGUGUGGUGCAUCAAUGCGUCGGUGAUGAACUUCUCAACGGUUGAGUGGUACAACACCGAUUGGUUUAUGCGACAGUUUGGAUGUAUACAAUAUGUUUUGGACGUUCCACAGAGAUUUGAUGUUGUCUACAAACAUAGAGAAGUUGAAGCUACUAGUAGUAGAAGGUCCGAGACAAGGGACCAAGGUGAAGAGGUUAAAAUAGCCUUCUAUCAAAUGAUGAAUGAAUGGUUUGCUCAGUAUAUAGGAACUAACCUUGUAGUGCAACAAGCUCAAGCUCCUCCUCCCCCUCCUCCACCGGUUCCCGAGAUUCCACAAGGUACAGAAGAAUUCAGAGCUACAGUUGAUGAUGAUCCUGAACGGGCUGAGUUUUGGUUAGAGAAUACUAUUCGGGUAUCUUGCAAACCAGAAGAGUGUCUGAAAUGUGCAGUAUCAUUGCUAAAAGAUACAGCUUACCAUUGGUGGAAUACUAAAGCUUCGGUGGUUCCGAAAGAAGAGAUUACCUGGGAGUUCUUUCAGAACGAAUUUAAAAAGAAAUAUAUCAGUCAGAGGUUCCUUGAUCAGAAGAGAAAAGAAUUUCUUGAGCUGAAACAGGGCAACAGAUCGGUAUCUGAGUAUGAAAGAGAAUUUGUCCGAUUGAGCAAAUAUGCUCGAGAAUGGGUAAAAUCAGAAGCCGAGAUGUGCAAACGAUUUGAAGAAGGGUUGAAUGAUGAGAUUAUGUUACUGAUUGGAAUUCUUGAAAUCCGAGAGUUUACUACUAUUGCAGAGCGAGCUUAUAAAGUCGAAGAACUGAGCAAAGAAAAGAAACAAGCUGAAAGAGAAGCUCGGGUUUUCAGUAAAAGAUCGAUGGAAAAAUCCCAGUUUUCUGCUUCAAAGAAAUUGAAGAAAUACCAGGAUCGUUCUACCUCAGCCACUGGGUAUUUGGGUAGAGAGCGAGGUUUUCAACGUACUAAUCCAAGACCUUCCACUCCAUCGAUGACCGGUGUUGGCGGUCUUUGGUACCCUAAGCCAAGAUGCCAAGAUCGUAAUAAAGCUCAUUUUGGAGAAUGCCGACUGAAGAGUGGAGCUUGUUAUAGAUGUGGUUCUUUCGAUCAUUUCCUCAGGGAUUGUCCAGAAAGGGGUGAAAGGGAAACUGAACAGACAUUGAAGCCUAGUAAUCCAGUUUCGAGGGGUAGACCACCUCGACCAUCUGGUGAUGUCGGUGGUAGUCGAGGAGCUACGAGAGAUACUGCAGGCAGGCCAGAGGCACGAGCACCUGCUAGGACAUAUGCCAUCCGUGCUAGAGAAGAUGCUUUAGCACCCGAUGUUAUUACUGUGUCGAAUGGAGAAUUACUUCGGGUUAAAUCUGAUCAGACAGAGGAAUUAUCUAAUGUGAUUUCAAAGUCUUGUAUUUCGAGGUGUAUCAGAAAAGGGUGUGAUGCUUAUUUGGCAUAUGUGUUAGACACUAAGGUAUUUGAGUCAAAGAUCCAGGCAGUGCCAGUUGUAUGUGAAUUUUCUGAUGUGUUUCCAGAGGAAUUACCAAGGUUGCCACCAGAAAGAGAAGUGGAAUUUUCUAUAGAUUUGAUUCCGGGAACUACUCCAAUCUCCAUAUCUUCGUAUCGUAUGGCUCCUACAGAAUUAAAGGAGUUAAAGACACAGUUGCAAGAACUUGUUGACAGGGGUUUUGUUCGACCGAGUCAUUCACCUUGGGGUGCUCCGGUCCUAUUUGUGAAGAAGAAGGACGGGUUUUUGAGAUUGUGUAUCGACUACCGACAGCUCAACAAAGUCACUAUAAAGAAUAAGUACCCAUUGCCUCGAAUUGAUGAUCUGUUUGACCAGUUGAAGGGUGCUACUGUAUCAAAGAUUGAUCUCCGAUCGGGCUACUAUCAAUUACGGGUAAAAGAGUUAGAUGUACCAAAAAUAGCUUUCAGAACCAGGUAUGGGCAUUAUGAGUUUCUUGUUAUGCCGUUUGGGCUGACUAAUGCACCUGCAGUAUUUAUGGACUUGAUGAAUCGGAUAUUCAGACCGUACUUAGACAGGUUCGUGGUAGUUUUUAUUGAUGAUAUCUUGGUCUAUUCUCGAGACGAAAAUGAGCAUGCAGAACAUUUGAGAAUUGUGUUGCAAAUUCUGCGAGAAAAGCAGCUAUAUGCUAAAUUCAGUAAAUGUGAAUUUUGGCUUCGAGAAGUGACUUUUCUUGGACAUAUUGUAUCCGCGGAAGGCAUCAGGGUAGAUCCAAGUAAAAUCUCAGCUAUUAUCAAUUGGAGUCCACCGAAAAAUGUAUCUGAAGUUAGAAGUUUCUUGGGUUUAGCUGGUUAUUAUCGGAGAUUUGUACAAGGGUUCUCUAUGAUAGCUUCUCCGAUGACCCGUUUAUUACAGAAAGAUGUUAAAUUCGAGUGGACUGAUGAAUACCAGCAGAGUUUCGAUCGAUUGAAAGAUUUGUUGACGAAAGCACCUGUGUUGGUACAACCUGAAUUGGGUAAAGAAUUUAUCAUUUAUAGUGAUGCAUCAUUAAAUGAUUUAGGUUGUGUCUUGAUGCAAGAAGGUAAAGUUAUAGCUUAUGCUUCGAGACAACUUAAGACACAUGAAAGAAAUUACCCGGUGCAUGAUCUUGAAUUAGCUGCUAUUGUAUUUGCAUUAAAAAUAUGGCGGCAUUACUUGUAUGGUGAGAAAUGUCAUAUUUAUACUGAUCAUAAAAGUCUGAAAUAUCUGAUGACACAGAAAGAUUUGAAUUUGAGACAGCGUAGGUGGCUUGAAUUGAUAAAAGACUAUGAUUUGGUUAUUGAUUACCAUCCGGGUAAGGCUAAUGUUGUAGCUGAUGCUCUGAGCCGAAAAUCUCUGUUUGCUUUGUGAGCUAUGAAUGCCCAAUUGUCUUUGGUUGAUGAUGGUUCAGUCGUAGCUGAGUUGAGUAUUAAACCAACAUUUUUACAACAAAUAUAUGAAGCUCAGAAAAAUGAUGAGAAGCUACAGGCUAAACGGGUACAAUGUGAGUCAGGUAAUGAUUCAAAAUUUCAGAUUGGGACUGAUGGUUGUUUAUUAUUCAAAGGCAGAGUAUGUGUACCGAAGAAUUCAGAGCUUAUACAGAAGUUUUUACAGGAGGCACACAGUGGUAUUAUGUCCGUACAUCC